GCGGGGAGUGUGCUGCUGUGGAGCUGCCGCUGGGGAGACACGGGCGGUGUCACGAGCAGCAGAGAGAAGCUGCCAUUCCCAGGCUGUGGAUAUUAUACGGCUCGGUGCCCCGAGGCGGAUGGCUAAUGAACCCACCAAAAGGCCCUGAUUACCGGACACUCUGUCGUCUCUUCCCCGUGCUCGGGAUCUCAGUAGCAGAAGCAGGAGGAGGUGGGGAGGGUCUGGGCCAUGACCGUGGAGCAGAAUGUCCUGCAGCAAAACUCCCAGAAGCACCAACAGACCUUUUUGAAUCAACUGAGGGAGAUCACUGGUAUCAAUGACCUUCAAGUACUACAGCAAGCACUAAAGGACAGCAAUGGGAACCUGGAACUAGCAGUAACAUUUCUCACCGCAAAAAACGCUAAGCUCCCUCAACAAGAAGAGGAAAACUACUAUCAAACAGCACUUCCAAACAACGACAGAUACAUCAGUGUUGGCAGCCAGGCAGACACAAAUGUCAUUGAUUUGACUGGGGAUGACAAAGAUGAUCUUCAGAGAGCCAUUGCCCUCAGCUUAGAGGAAUCCAAUAGAACGUUUAGGGAGACUGGAAUCACAGAUGAGGAGCAAGCUAUCAGCAGGGUUUUAGAAGCCAGUAUAGCAGAGAACAAAGCAAGUCUGAAAAGGACUCACCCAGAGGUUUGGAGUGACUCUCCCAAUCCCUAUGACCGAAAACGUCAGGAUAACUGUCCCGUUGGACUGAAAAAUGUUGGAAACACGUGCUGGUUCAGUGCUGUCAUUCAGUCUUUAUUCAAUCUGUUGGAAUUCCGCAGACUGGUUUUGAACUACAGCCCCCCAGCAAUUGCUCAAGAUGUUCCGCGAAACCAAAAGGAACAUAGAAAUUUGCCUUUUAUGCGAGAGUUGAGGUAUCUUUUUUCGCUCUUGGUCAGUUCAAAAAGGAAAUAUGUUGAUCCAUCACGGGCUGUUGAGAUACUUAAGGAUGCCUUUAAAUCAAAUGAUUCUCAGCAGCAAGAUGUAAGUGAGUUCACGCACAAACUUUUGGAUUGGCUAGAAGAUGCUUUCCAGAUAAAAGCAGAAGAGGAAAGAGACGGAGAGAAGCCAAAGAAUCCAAUGGUAGAAUUAUUUUACGGACGGUUCUUGGCAGUGGGUGUUCAUGAAGGAAAGAAAUUUGAAAAUACCGAGAUGUUUGGCCAGUACCCUCUCCAGGUGAAUGGGUUUAAAGAUCUCCACGAGUGCCUGGAGGCAGCGAUGGUAGAGGGAGAAAUAGAGUCGUUGCAUUCGGAAAACUCUGGCAAGUCUGGUCAGGAGCACUGGUUUACAGAGCUGCCUCCUGUGUUAACAUUUGAACUUUCCAGAUUUGAGUUCAAUCAAGCUCUAGGGAGACCAGAGAAAAUUCACAACAAAUUAGAAUUCCCAUCAUGUUUAUAUAUGGACAGGUACAUACAUAAAAAUAGAGAAAUUACAAGAAUCAAACGGGAUGAAAUCAAGAGACUCAAAGAGCACCUUACAGUGUUACAGCAGCGGCUUGAGAGGUAUUUAAGUUAUGGUUCUGGCCCAAAACGGUUUCCUUUGGCAGAUGUGUUGCAGUAUGCUCUUGAAUUUGCAUCUAGCAAGCCUGUAUGCACAUCCCCAGUGGAUGAUAUUGAUACAACUGCUCCCCCUUGUGGUUCUGUAGCAACACAAACCAUACAAAGCACAAUGGAACAUCAAGGGCCUUCUUCGUCCACUGAAUUUCAGCCUCCAACACUAAGAACUGUAAUACACAAACCUUUCACUCAGUCCAGAAUCCCCCCUGAUCUACCUAUGCACCCUGCACCAAGAAACAUUACAGACGAGGAGCUCACUGUCUUAGAGGGAUGCUUACAUCGCUGGAGAACAGAAGUGGAAACGGAUACAAGAGAUUUGCAAGAAAGUAUAGGCAGAAUACACCGAACUAUCGAGCUAAUGUACUCCGACAAACUGAUGACCCAAGUACCAUACAAACUGCAUGCCGUUCUAGUUCAUGAAGGCCAAGCCAAUGCUGGACACUACUGGGCAUAUAUUUUCGAUCAUCGUGAAAAAAGGUGGAUGAAAUAUAAUGAUAUUUCGGUCACAAAGUCAUCCUGGGAAGAGUUAGAGCGAGAUUCCUUUGGUGGAUACCGGAAUGCAAGUGCAUACUGUUUGAUGUAUAUCAAUGAUGGAGAACAGCAUUUAAUACAAGAGGAAUAUGACAAGGAAACUGGGCAGGUUCUUACUGGGAUGGAUACCUUACCUCCAGAUUUAAAAGAAUUUGUCAAGGAAGACAACCGGAGCUUUGAGAAAGAGAUUGAAGACUGGGAUAAAGAACAGCUUCGCAAAGCCGAGCAAGAAAAGAUGCUCCUCUCUCAAAAAACUCUGAAGCCUGCUCCCGUUACUGUUACAGCUCCACUAAAAGAGCCAGAAUACAUGGAACAAGAAUCAAGAGCUGAACUCUCCAAUGAAAUCAAGGACGAGAUUACAAGUGCAAUCACUCAGGCAGUCACAGAGUCUGAGAAUAAGGAUCCGGAUGCCGUCUUACAAACGCCCAUUGAUAACACCCCAGUUCUACCAGCUCCUAACCAGCGAGUUGUAGAGGUGGCGAUUCCUCAUGUAGGGACUUUUGUUAUUGAGUCAGAGGAGGGGGGUUAUGACGAUGAGGUCAUGAUGACCCCGAACAUGCAAGGUAUAAUCAUGGCCAUAGGUAAAUCCAGGAAUGUGUAUGACAGGUGUGGGCCUGAAGCAGGGUUCUUUAAGGCUAUUAAAACAGAAUAUGCAAGACUCUUGAAGCUAGCACAGGAUGAUCCACCUCCUGAAAUAGAUUACCGCUUGCAGCAUGCCAUAGUCUACUUUAUACAGAGUCAGGCGCCAAAGAAAAUAAUUGAACGGACUUUGCUGGAGCAGUUUGCUGAUCGCAAUCUAAGUUUUGAUGAACGAUGUCGCAAUAUUAUGAAAGUUGCUCAAGCUAAGCUUGAAAUGAUUAAACCCGAUGAAGUCAACAUGGAGGAAUACAAGAGAUGGCACAAGGAUUACAGAAUCUUCAGAGAGACUACGAUGUAUAUCCUGAUUGGGCUGGAACACUUUCAGAAUAAAAAUUUUGUUAAAGCUUUACUGUACCUUAUAUAUGGAUACCAGUGUAACAAAGAACUGCUUUCCAAAGGUUUGUACCGGGGACAUGAUGAUGAACUAAUAUCAUACUACCGAAGAGAGUGUUUGCUGAAACUGAACGAACAGGCAGCAGUUAUGUUUGAGUCUGGAGCAGAAGAAGAAGUCAACAAUGGCCUGACAUUAAUGAAUGAGCUUAUUGUACCAUGUUUACCCUUCAUGUUGGUUGAUGAAAUGGAAGAAAAAGACGUAGUUGCUGUAGAAGAUAUGAGGAAUCGUUGGUGUUCUUACCUUGGACAGGAAAUGGAGCCCCACCUGCAAGAAAAACUAACCGACUUCCUGCCAAAACUGCUUGAUUGUUCAACAGAAAUGAAAGGUUUCAGUGAUCCGCCAAAGCUUCCUAAGUAUUCCACGCAUGAACUGUGUGAGCGGUUUGCCCGAAUCAUGUUGUCACUUAGCCGAACACCGGCUGACGGGAGAUAAACAAUGCACCUUCUUACGCACAUUUUAUAGACAUUCUUUUUCAUUUUUUUUUUCAACUCAUGCCUUCCUGUCACAAGGUUUGCUUUGUUGCUGCUAUAGUUUUUAACCAUUUUUAUGUUACCAACUGCUAUAAACAGAAUGACUGUACAGACUUUUAGCCAGACUGCAAACACAUCUGAGAUACAUAAGGCACUUAAGUUAUCAUUUUAAGCAGAAUCGAUGCAACCAAAACACUUGGGAAGACGGCUUUGUUUGCCACGUUUCUGUGACAGUAUUAUAACCUUGCUUUUAUCUACACAAACCUCAUUUUAUCAGCAGCAUUUUUGUUUUGUUUUUUUUUAGUCUGGAUUUUUUGUGACAGCCAUUUUAAUUAUCUGGUGCCAUGUUAGAAUACAUGGUGCUUGGUAGCUUGUAAAUGAAAUUAAAGAAUAAAGUUUUAUUUAUGGCUA